AGAGGACAGUAUCUAACUGUUAUUCCUUCGUAUUUUAAGAAGCAGCAGGAUUUUAGUCAUGAAGGAUAUUGCUCUAUCGCUACUGAGUCGAGGCUGUGGACAUGUUGCCCAGUCACAUCUGGGCAGUCAAGAUGGACGCCUGGAAGUCUGCUUCGAACCUGAGGACUACUAUCUCUGGAAGUCUCAGCCCUCCCUGCUCCGCUUAUCUAAGAGUGGUCGUCUGCUGGGCGGGGUGGAGCCAGCGCUUCCUAAAACCUACAGCACCAGACGGGGACCUCUCUUCCUGUACUACGAGGAAAUGGCCAUGACGUCAUCGGUCCUGUCAUCAUGCCCCUCAGGGUCAGAGGACAACAGGAAGAGGUGGGCCUCCCACCAUUCCAGACAGGAAGUGGAGCUCCAGCUGAACACUCUGCGGGACCUGACGGGAGCCAUACUGGCCUAUGGGAAUAACUCCGUGAGGAAGGAGAAGGCCAGCCUGUCCUGCCCCUCCCCUCCAGUCUCCCUCAGCUCCGUGAGGAAGGAGAAGGCCAGCCUGUCCUGCCCCUCCCCUCCAGUCUCCCUCAGCUCCGUGAGGAAGGAGAAGGCCAGCCUGUCCUCCCCCUCCUCUCCAGUCUCCCUCAGCUCCGUGAGGAAGGAGAAGGCCAGCCUGUCCUCCCCCUCCUCUCCAGUCUCCCUCAGCUCCGUGAGGAAGGAGAAGGCCAGCCUGUCCUCCCCCUCCCCUCCAGUCAGGAGUCUUACUAUCCUCCAAUCAAGCCCUCCUACCCCAAACACCCCACCAAAGGUUGGACUCCCUUCAGGUCCACCUGGAGCCGCCACUUGGAGCAGCUUACAGAUGAUCCAGAGCUGUGUAGGGGCCAUGUCAAGAUUCCAUGCCCCACCCCAGCUGCAGGAAAUGGCCAGGCAGUCUCCCCCAGACCCUACAGGCAACCUCAAGUUCCUUUACCACCAAUACCAGAGGUGAACUGCUAUACAAGAGACGU